AGAGUACAUGACCAUUAUGUUACAUCAGCGCGUCUUCUGACUAUUAUGACCAUCAUAUUAUGUCAACACAUCUUAUCUCAUUUUCAGCUGCAAAGCACUUGACUUGCUCUUCUGCAAUCUAGAGAAAUAGCGAAAAGUAAACAAGCACCAUGGUAUUAUUUUCAGCCCAAAUGAUAGUAGCAGUAAUUGUUGCGCUGUUUCCAGCAUCAGGAGCAAUUUCAAAAUGCGGAAGCAUUAAAGAAAGUUUCCUGGAUGCAAAUUAUGACUUCGAUCUCAAAAAUUUUGUCAGCUGUAUCGAAUCCCGGAAAAUAGGUGUCGAUCUUUCCAACCGACUUGAAUGGAGACCCCUUCACCUCACUGCCAAUUUCGGAGAUCUAGAGGGGAGCUCGAAGCUGCUUCAGUUUGGUGCGGAUCCGGCACCACAGAAUAUGAGGGCGUCUACACCCUUGCAUAUUGCUGCUUUCCAGAAUUAUAACGGAAUCGUCAAACUACUUGCUCAGAACAAAGACACACUUAACAAAGUGGACUUUCUCGGAAACUCUGCUUUACACCUGGCAGUGCAGAACAAACAGAAAGAAACCAUGAAUAUUCUACUGGACGCGGGUGCAGACCCAUACCUGGUCAAUCAGAGGGCCCUCAGUCCGAUUUCUCUGUCAUGCACACUCAAGGAUCGAGAGGUUAUCAAAGUGUUCAACUUGAACGAAAAUAUAUGUUCGAGAGAUGAAUAA